CAUAACUGAUUCAGAUUCUCAUUAGCAGAGAGCUCAAUAAACAGUAACUUUAGAGAACUUUUUUUAGUUUUUAGAACGGUGUCACUGCAGAGAGACGAAUGUGAGACAAGUGCACAGUGAAGUUGACAAUCACAAGUACACCAUACAAAUAAUAUUCAUAAUAAAACAAAAUGUAACCAGACAUAUUUUUGUCAAAUUCUCCUGUUAAAAGUUGAUGGUGACGUCAUGUUGGUGUGUAACUUCUCCAGGUGUGUAGUCUAUCCUCUCCACUCGUCCCUGUCCAAUGAGGAGCAGCAGGCUGUGUUUACCCGCCCACAGAAUGGUGUUACCAAAAUCAUCAUUUCCACAAACAUUGCUGAAACUUCUGUCACCAUUGAUGAUGUGGUGUAUGUCAUAGACUCUGGACGGAUGAAAGAGAAAAGGUAUGAUGCCAGUCGCAGUAUGGAGAGUCUAGAAGAUGUGUGGGUGUCUCGUGCCAAUGCUCUUCAGAGAAAAGGCCGUGCUGGUCGUGUGGCAUCAGGGGUUUGCUUUCAUCUGUUUACAAGCCAUCGCUUUGAACACCAUCUGAGCCAACAGCAGCUGCCGGAGAUCCAGAGAGUUCCUCUGGAGCAGCUCUGUCUACGGGUUAAGGUGCUGGAGGUGUUUGCUGAGCGUCCUCUGGACUCUGUUUUCUCUCAGCUGAUUGAGCCGCCCACAGAAGGCAGUCUGGAAGCAGCUAAACAGCGCCUGUGUGCCCUUGGUGCCCUGACAGAUGAGGAGUCUCUAACUCCACUGGGCUGGCAUUUGGCCUGUCUGCCAGUGGACGUGCGAAUUGGUAAACUCAUGCUGCUGGGAGCCAUCUUCCGCUGCCUCGACCCUGCCCUCACCAUUGCUGCCAGCCUGGCCUUCAAGAGUCCAUUCGUGUCUCCAUGGGAUAAACGAGAAGAAGCUAAUGAGAAGAAGUUGGCUUUCUCUCUUGCGAACAGUGACCAUCUAGCUUUGAUGCAGGCGUACAAGGGUUGGUGUAACGCAGCUCAGAGCGGCUUUAAGGCUGGAUAUCAGUAUUGCAGAGAAAACUUCCUUUCAAUCCGAGGAUUACAGGAAAUAGCAUGUCUUAAAAGGCAGUUUGCUGAGCUCCUGUCUGACAUUGGCUUUGUGAAGGAUGGACUAAAGGCCAGGGUCAUUGAAAAAAUGAGCUCAAAGGGAAGUGAUGGGGUGCUGGAGGCUACAGGCUAUGAGGCCAACCUGAACUCCGACAACACAAAGCUGAUGUCAGCCAUGCUGUGUGCAGCCCUCUACCCUAAUGUAGUCCAGGUGAGAUCUCCCCAGAUGAAGUAUAAGCUCACUAGCAAAGGAGCUAUGAAGAUGCAGCCCAAAGCAGAGGAGCAGCGCUUCAUGACCAAGAGCGAUGGAGCUGUCCACAUUCAUCCCUCAUCUGUCAACUUCUCGGUGCGCCACUAUGACAGUCCGUACCUUGUGUACCAUGAAAAAGUGAAGACCAGUCGAGUGUUUAUCCGUGACUGUAGCAUGGUCUGUGUGUAUCCCAUGGUGCUGUUCGGUGGGGGACAAGUGAAUGUGGAACUGCAGCGUGGACAGUUCAUCAUCUCUCUGGAUGAUGGCUGGAUCAAAUUUGCUGCUGCAUCUCAUGAGGUAGCUGAGCUGGUGAAAGAGCUGCGAUGGGAGCUGGAUCAGCUUUUAGAAGAGAAGAUCAAAAAUCCCAGUAUGGAUCUGAUCAGCUGUCCUAGAGGAUCUCGCAUCAUACACACAAUUGUGUCACUUAUUUCAACACAGUAACGGUUUGUCAACCAAAUACAGAGGGGAUGUUCACCUGAAUACCUUAUAACACGAGUUCAAGAUUUUGUUGACGUUCAUUUUAGGUUCAUUUUCUUUCACAGACUAGUUUGUAGAGUUUUGAUAUUGUGUGAUUCUACACAAACAGGAUCUGAAUCAGAGUCCACAUUGGACUGCUUUCAAUAAAUAUCUAUAUUGAAAAAAAUUCUAACAGAAAGCAUGUGCAUGAAUCUUGAAUGUAUGGCUGAGAGGAAUAUGAACGCACUUAUUGUUAAAUAUUAUAAAAGGCAAUGGUGUUUUGAAUUCGUAACUUCUAUGAUGAUGAUGUGGGACUACUACUAUAGCUUUGAUAAUGCAUUAUCAAAGGUAUUGAACAUAAAAUGUCAAAAUGUGUGUAAUUAUUUAAAAAUAAACCAUUUUACUCCA